AUGGAGAGCCAUUCGACAGUUAGCGCUUUAAAUCUGAAAGAUUUCCUUGCCGACUAUCAGCAAAAACUAAACACUGAGGACAAUGUACCCUUUUUCAUGCAAUCCAAUCCCGUAAUCGUAGACGUGGGUGAUAGCUGUUCCCUGAACUUGAUCGAAUCCCCAGACGACAUCUCGGUCCCAAACUUCCAGCCGGGAGCUGAUGUAUUUCGUCCAACUGUCGUCCGACCCCAAGAUGACCAGCAUGUGCCGGCCACCUAUUCGGCACUGAUCCAUUACAAGACCAAGUCACGUAAAUGUGCCUUUGGACGCACCCAAUACUCUCACAAAUUGAACCCGCCGCCGACGGACUGCCAUGAUCUCCAGUUGGAUGCCUGCGAGCUGGAGCUAACCGUGCGUCUCUACCGGCCACCGCGUGCCUACCAUAGAGGAUUCAAGGUUGAGAUCCCCGUGUUUGCCGAGGAGUACGUCUGCCUAGGCAGCAACUAUCUGAGCGAGCUGCGCGACAAGAUCAGCUGCGUAUGCCGUGGCAAACGUUUCGUGGACAUCAGCAACGAUCCAGAUGCUCCGCUUCCCACUAUCGACACAAAUCCGGGAUAUUUCUUUAUCAACGACACCUUCUACAAUGACAAACGCAAUCCCAACAACCCCGACUAUUCGGACACUGUGUUGAAGUGGGCGGCUCAUGCGAACGGUGUACGAGGAGAAACGCUCAAGGCGGAAGAUAUGGAGGGCAAACGGUUUAUCGAUCUUACUGUGAUCCCGGGAUCGCCGCUGCACUACCUGCAUCACGGUAAUUGCGAACACCUGUUUGUAAUCUCACAGAUCGAGGUGCUAACGCCGCGCAGUAAACGCCCUGAUCGCAGUUUAUAUCCCUAUCCUCACGCCUUUAGUACCUAUAAUCGCAGGACCUGCUACAUGUGCGGCAUUCGCAGCUACAGCUUCAUUGUUGAUCAGUCCCGCCGACAGCUGCACGAUCCCUCUUACCUGUGCCGCAGCUGCUUUCUCAGUUUCUAUUACGUGGAUGGCCAGAAGGUUGGUCAAUUCAAGGCCUAUCGCAUAUAUGACCAUGCGGAGGCCGAGGACGAAGAGGAGGAGCGUAAGGGAUGCGACGAUGGCGACAUGGUUGUCGGACUAGACGAUUAAGUCAUCAUUUUGGAACAUGAAAAAAAAAUAAAAAUAAACACUUGUCUGGAAUGUUCGCAAAUCUUCAAAACAUUUUCCUAAUGUAUUUAAUUUUACGAUAUAAACUAAUUUUACUAUAUGAUUUUCUGCUGUUUUGUAAAUGCAUCCUUGGGUAAAUACACAUAGGAUUUUAGA